AUGCCCGCCUAUCAACCUGACGGCAACGACUCGAUUUACAAUUCUGCUCCUCACAUCAUCAACCUCGACCCUGGUCGACUCGGCCUCGUCUCCGAUAAGCACAUCUCCCUUGAUGGGUCAGACAUCCAAUCUGCCGCCCGGCCCGACACAACCAAUGCCAGCUUCGACGACACGUCUUCGUCUACGGCGUCAUCCUCUUCUCGCUCCGACUUGUCCGACGCCAGUCUGCCCCGGCCUAUGAACGGCAACAGCAUUCGGACACGUCAAACGAGUAUGACAUCAAUAACCAAUGGCCAGGCUGUUCAGCCUGGCUUCUCGGCCGAUCACUCGAAGCCCCUGGCGAAUGGAACAGCAACCUUAGCCGACAGGACCAUGCCCUCGACUGCCCAUCACCAACAGCCUCGUGCGAUGCACCCUAAUCACGAGAAUAGGGCCUCGAUGCGGACCGACGAGGACGACACCGAGCUCGAGACCACCCCGACCUUGGCACAGCGGCAUACCCUGGAAGUUCCUAGGAAACAGCCACGGGGCUCGCGAGAUGGAGCCGACGCUGCAUUUGCCAGCGGCCGCUUUUCUCCUACCAUGUCUACUGGUCCCGGUCCUGCCGCCUCCGUGCGUAGAGCCUCGCUGAGCCUGGCCCGACGAGCCACCCGAUCGAUUCAGUCCGACUUGCCCCGAGACGAGAUAGCCCCGGAUGAGGAUGCCCUCCACUGGGCUGAAGUGUAUCGGCAAAGGCGCGCCAGCAAGAAGAGGAGGAGAGAAGAGGAAGACGACGAUAAAGUUUUGGUCGGAACCAAGGUCGACGAGCACCAUGUGAACUGGGUUACCGCCUACAACAUGUUGACGGGUAUCCGAGUAUCGGUCUCGCGAACUAAUGCAAAGCUCGACAGGGAACUGACCGACGCCGAUUUUCAGGCCAAGCAAAAGUCGACCUUUGAUAUACUCGAUCCGGCCGACUACCUCAUGUCUCUCACUGGAAAGUACAUCCUCUCCGAGCUUGGCUCCCCAGGGAAGAGCGGCAGCUUUUUCUACUUUUCUCGCGACUACAAAUACAUCAUCAAGACGAUCCACCACGCCGAGCAUAAAUUUUUACGAAAGAUUCUCAAGGACUAUUACCAGCAUGUCCGCGAGAAUCCAAACACUCUGCUGUCCCAGUUUUACGGCUUGCACCGCGUUAAAAUGCCGUACGGAAAGAAGAUCCAUUUCGUCGUCAUGAACAACCUCUUCCCCCUCACCGCGACAUCCACCAAACCUACGAUCUGA